UAUGCAGCCUCCUCGCGCUCCAUUCACAAACUACUGCUGCUGCUGCAGCCUCUGUCCGUCUUCCUUCCCCUCUCAAUCUGCGUGGAUCUCAUUAAAACACAGCCUAAAUGACCACAAACGGUUAAGGCAUGAAUUAUAAGAUGGAUGGAUAUCUGGAUCAGCAAGUGCCUUAUACUUUAGCUAAUAGGUCGCAAGGAAAUGGGCCCCUAAAUAGACUUUUGAUGGCGACGAAAAGGAAAUACAUGUACACCGAAUUACCCCCUCAGGAAUCUGAAGAUCUCUUUCAGGAUUUAAGCCAACUUCAGGAGACAUGGCUCACCGAAGCUCAAGUUCCUGACAGCGAUGAGCAGUUUGUUCCUGACUUCCACUCAGAGAAUUCAGUGGCAUUCCAUAGCCCACCUGUGAAGAUCAAGAAAGAGCCCCAGAGUCCCGGCUCAGACCCCAGCCAAUCCUGCAGCCACAAGCAGAGCUUUAGCUACCCCAAUGGAGAGCAGUGCCUUUACGCCAGUGCCUACAAGCAGAAGAGAACAGCCGUGGGAGCAACGGCAGCAGCAGCAGGAUCUAAGAGCUCUUGCCCAGGGACUCCCAUGUCUCCUAUGCAGCAUUACUCCCCAAAACCAACAGUUGGCACUCGGCCGGAGUCAGGGUACAUGAAUCCUUCCUCAGCCAGCCAGUCUCAUGCCUGCCACAGCUAUCCCAUGAACCCAAGUUCCAGGUUCCCUUCUGGCUCGACAGAUAUGUGUCUACCAUUCGGUUCACAAGGCCAGACAAUGCAGCGCAUGCAUCCUGCCCACUCCAACGGGGGUGGAGGUGGCGGCUACAAUCGGCAGCACUCUGACCCCUGCUUGCCUUAUCCUCCUCAGCAAAACUUCAAGCAGGAAUAUCUGGACCCUCUAUAUGACCAGGCAGCCCACAUGGCUGGGCCACAGCCUCAGAGGUUUCCUCCUGCCCUUUUGAUGGUCAAACAGGAACCCACUGACUACACUUAUGAACCUGAUGUGCCUGGUUGCCCUUCCAUGUACCAUCACAACGAGGGCUACCAGAACCCACAGCACAAUAGUGAAGGCUACAUGUUUGAAAAUGACUCCCGCGUUGUUCCUGAAAAAUUUGAAGGUGAGGUAAAGCAGGAAGGAGGCGGCAUGUUUCGUGAGGGCGCCCCCUAUCAGCGCCGUGGCUCACUGCAGCUCUGGCAGUUCUUGGUGGCUCUCCUCGACGACCCUGGCAAUGCACAUUUCAUUGCCUGGACCGGCCGUGGCAUGGAAUUCAAACUCAUUGAGCCAGAAGAGGUGGCAAGACUGUGGGGGAUGCAGAAGAACCGUCCAGCCAUGAACUAUGACAAACUGAGUCGCUCUUUGCGCUACUAUUAUGAGAAGGGUAUUAUGCAAAAGGUGGCAGGUGAGCGUUAUGUUUACAAAUUCGUCUGUGAGCCAGAGGCUCUGAUAUCCUUGGCUUUUCCUGACAAUCAGCGUCCAAGUCUGAAGGCAGAAUUUGAGCGCUACGUGAACGAGGAGGACACAGUGCCGCUGUCUCACCUUGAUGAUGGGGUGUCUUAUCCUCCCGAACCAGCUGCCACCAACAUGGGCCCUCAGCCCUACUCCAAAGGCUACAUGUACUAAUGCCACCAACAUUCUCCCAUGUCCCCCAUCCCAGUCCUCCCAGUUUACUUCCCCCUGCAUAUAUUGCACAUGUCCACCCCAUCCACUUGUAUAUAAGGCUAUGUUUUUUGUUUUAUUUUGAUUAAAUUAAUCUCAUUAGGGACUCUGCUUUCCUCUCACUUCGAGGCCUAUCUAAUCUAAACACAUUAAUGUGGUUCAAGAGAUUGCUUAAAAUAAAGACCCAAUAUUACUACUAUACCAUGAGAAAAGUCUCGUUUCUUAUCUUUGCAAUGACAUCUUCAGGAUAAAAAGAUUGGUUGAUUUGUGACCCACUGAUGUAAUUCAUCAGAGAAACUAGUGAUAAUGAAUAAUACUGAGCUCUUUUGCGUGCAACCAACCACUUUGCGGAAAUAGAUCUAUUGGGCCCUGCCAUUGGGGAAUGCUGACAUUAUUUGGUUAACGUGUUCAAUUUGGUGUAGGGUGUUCAAUAAAUUUUUUUUUUACCCUAAAUGUUCAAUAGCUUUAUUUUUUUGCACCCAAGACUUAAAGGUAUAUGCCUAUACAUAGUAAAACGGUGAAACCUAGCCUGGUCUCCCCUAUAUAGUAACCUCCAUUAUAAAGUCUGACAAUCAUACAACACACAUUGCUUUAUUUACAGUAUGUUAGUGGCAAUAGUAUAUUUACCAGAGGACACACUUGAGUAGACAGUCUUUGGGAAUUCUGUCUUAUGACCGAUGAUUUAGAGACUUUCUGCCUGUGUUUGAAAUAACAGAAGCCUGGAUUGGACAACUACCCACAACAUUUAUACUUCUAUGGCUAGAUUUAGUUAAACUGUCUGCAAGUUAAACAAAAUCUCAGAAAUUAUUUCUCUUGUGGCCAACUCUUGUCAAAUACAUGAAUUAGGAUUUUAUUUUGAGACUAAUAGAUUCUUGUUAAUGCUUGGAAUAUGUAGCUGUAUUAUUUUCUGUAGCCUGUCAUUACUUGUUUCUCUUUUGCCUUCAUAAAAACUAUUCUGAAUUUAGUCACAUUUUUUGGACUUACAUAAAAUCUAGCUAUGGAGUAUACAUGUAAUAUACACACACCCAAUGUAUAAAACAAUGUAAU